AUGCUCUUAAACUGGCACCUAACAUCGUCCUGCCUGUUGUUAUUGUGGCUAUGUACCAGUAACGCACUUUGUCCUGCAUCCUGUGAGUGUAAACGUAACGAAAAAGGAAAACGAAAAGUCACCUGCAUCAAGGGAGGCAUGACUGAUCCCAUUCCAACCGAGGACAUGGAUCCCGGAAUGGAAAUUCUAGAAAUUUCAGCGCCACCAACUAAAAGAAAUACGCUUUCAGUAUCAUCGAUAUUUCAGCAGUUUAAAAGUUUAGAAGAGUUGCGUUUAACGAGGUCAAACGUGCAUCAGAUUGCGCAGCAUGCAUUUUGGGGAAACAUGUUGCCUGUCGUGCUGGAAAACACGUUUGUCAAUCAGCAGCAGCUUCGGUAUCUCUGUCUGGCGCGCAACCGGCUGGUGAAAAUAACAAACACUGCCUUCCUAAAUUUAACCAGUCUGGUAGAACUCGACAUAAGUCGCAAUAAACUGAAAAAACUAGAACCCAUCGCCUUCCACCACAUCAGCGAAACCUUACAAAGGCUAGUGAUUGGCGGUAAUUCCAUCUCCAACGAUACGCUCAAAACUCUUUUACAAAGUUUGCACAAACUCCAUAGUUUGGACAUUGCUGCGAUGAAGUUGCCAAGUUUACCGAAAAAUUUUCUCCCUGACCGGAUAAGUGAGUUAAAUAUUUCGAAAAAUAACAUUAGCGAACUGACUGCAGACAGUUUGCCCGCUCAGUUAACUAGGUUAGACGUAUCGUCUAAUCUAUUACGCGGUCUGAACGAAACAGUUGUGCUUCGAUUAGAAACGUUAAAACAUGUCAACCUUAGCGACAAUCCGUGGACUUGUAAUUUGUGUCAUAUAACCCCAAUAUUGUUCCGCGUAAACAAAACAAAUUUGUUUAAAAAUUUAACGUGUGCUUCGCCAAAAAUCCUCAAGAACGUGAAAAUACACCAUCUGAAAUUUGAAGACAUCACUGUAUGCAAUAAUUUAAACGUAGAGGAAGAGCAAGAUCCCAUCGAGAAAAGCAAAAUAAGCCUUCUUAUCGGCUUAGCCUGCAUCAUAGUCCUGGCAAUCUUCUCCAUAGUAUUCGUAGUAUGUUCUUGUAUGAAACGUCAUUCAAGAAACCUAAUGCAACAACAAAAAAGAGCGGCCGAGGCGGAGAACAGUUUGGAGUCAGCGACGGCUAUUUUUAGUAAAGGCGAGAUCAGCUUCAAGUUUCCUUUGGAUCUGACCGAACGCAGGAUGUCAGUGUCGACCAUAGACGAGAUUAAGAGGGAUACGCCUGCUAGUGUGCCGAACGGGACCGUCGGCACAGGAAUUUGA